CCUAUCUAAAUGUGCUGGUAGCUAUCUUCAGGCAGUUUAGGUUGUCACUACCUCAUGCAGCUUUGUAAUUAAUCAUGGUGACGUUUUCCAAGUCAACUAAUUUGCAAACUGUAUAUGGAGAAUACAUUUUUAAUGAUUAUUUUGUUACUAUGAAGUGCUGGAUAUUUAAGGAGUUUCUGAAAGCACAGCCCUGGUUGGGGCCUUGACCUUUGACAGCCAACACCUUCAGAGUUGCGGUUCCUUUUUCAGUCAUUUUGUUUUGUUUUUCUCACUCACUGGGAGCAUGCUUUGGGAAAAGGAAACUGAAACAGAAGGCAGCUCUGACAGUGCAGGCUUGCUGGAGACUCCGCCCCCUGACGGGCAAAGCUCUUAAGAAGGCUGAGCCCAGCCUCUGGCUGUGAGAGCUGCUGGAAGCUGAGAAGCUAGGACCUCCUCAGUCGGUACCUAAAGAGUGCUAGAAUCAGCUCAGAGCCAUGGGCUGGGACCUGAAGGUGAAGAUGCUGGGAGGUAAUGAGUUCCUGGUGCCCCUGAAUAACUCCAUGACAGUGUUGGAACUGAAGAAGCAGAUUGCCCAGAAGAGUGGCGUGCCAGCUUUUCAGCAGCGCCUGGCCCACCCAAGCACUGGUAUGGUGCUACAGGACAACAUUGCUGUCAUCAACCAGGGCCUAAGCCCUGGUGACACAGUCAUGCUAAUGGUGCAGAACUGUAACGGUCCCCUGAGUAUCCUAGUGAGGAACGACAAGGGCCGCAGCUGCAUCUAUGAGGUCCGGCUGACACAAAAGGUGGCAGAGCUCAAGCUGCAGGUGUGCCAGAAAGAGCAGGUACAGGCAGACCUGUUCUGGUUGAGCUUCGAGGGGAGACCCAUGGAGGACCGUCAGCCUCUGGGGGAGUAUGGCCUCAAGGAGAAGUGCACAGUGUACAUGAAUUUACGCUUGCGGGGGGGCGAGUAGAGCUCUGUCUAAGGCACUACCCUCUCCCCCCCCACCCCUUGCUGUCCAGUAUUGGCAAUAAAAAGAGUACAAACAGAA